CUCAUCCCGCAACUUAUCUCAGCAUUCCAAUCAACACAAUCAUCACUCUGAUAUUUUACUUCACUCCUCUUCCAUUUGAGAUCUCAAAAUGUCUCUCACGCCAGAUUCCAAAAUACUGCAACGCUGCGUCGAGCUUGCAAGAGAAGCCCUCGAAGCCGGCGACGAUCCCUUCGGCUCCGUGCUCGUGAGCGGAGACGGCAAAAUCCUUCGCGAAGACCGCAAUCGUGUUAAUACCGGCGAAAAUGGAGACGGAAAACGCGACGGGACACUACAUCCGGAAUUCACUCUCGCCCGAUGGGCGCAACUCAACCUUAGCGCCGGGGAACGGGCCAAGGCUGCGGUGUACACUUCCGGCGAACACUGCCCGAUGUGCGCUGCGGCCCACGCAUGGGUUGGACUUGGACCCAUUGUCUACGCCUCUUCGAGUGCGCAGUUUGCUGGUUGGCUCGAGGAAUUUGGGUUGAAGGCGGGUGCCAAGGUCAAGCCACUUCCUAUCAAUGAUGUUGCGCCGAGUAUUCCGGUGCAGGGUCCCAUUCCCGGCCUGGAUGAGGAAGUGAAAGCUCUGCACAAGAGAAGGUUCCAAAGGUCAUCGUAAUGAGAACAAGGUCGCUCGAGGCUUGCAGAGCAGAUAGCUGAGGCAUAUGACACAUCACGCGACGGAACCGUCACUUGCGCGGAACCGUCACUUGCGCGGAACCGUCACUUGCGCGGCCACAAGUCGAGGAAGUUAUUUCUCGAUGCGACAGUGUGAGUGUCUCGGUAACAUAAGAAUGUUGUUAUUGAGGCUCUAACUAUAUAUGAGCAUCAAUUAUCCAUCGCAAUGCAUCUUAGGCUUCGG